UCCGCUCGGCCUGGGCCCGGCGCGGGGCCGCUGGCGGGCGGGGGAGCGCCAUGGCGCUGGGCUCGGCUUGGAAGCAGAUGUCGUGGCUGUACUACCAGUACCUGCUGGUCACCGCGCUCUACAUGCUGGAGCCCUGGGAGCGCACCGUCUUCAAUUCCAUGCUAGUUUCCAUUGUUGGAAUGGCACUGUACACAGGCUAUGUGUUCAUGCCUCAGCACAUCAUGGCAAUAUUGCACUACUUUGAAAUUGUGCAGUGAUGAAGAACAUGUUUUCAAGAAGUAACCGGGCUUUGAAAUCUGGUCUACAAAGAAGAAUGAACCUCUCAGUUUUACCAAGAUUUCUACUGAUGUCCGAAAGACACAAUUAUGACUCUGAAGACUAGGAAAUGAGAUGUGUAGAGCAGGGACGUGAGAUGUCCCCUGUGUUGUGUUCAUUCCCUUUAAUUUUACAAGAUAUGCCCUUGUAUAGUAGUUUUGUCUACUUUAACAUUGUGAUUGUACUUUGAUAUCAGUAUUUUCUUAACUUUGUGACAGUUUCAAUAUUGCACUGUGAAAGCUUUUCUUAAUUGUACUUUUGAGUAAAUCUUAAUUGCCUUCUAUUUUUAAUCAGAAAGUCAUCUUAUUAAAUGGGGCUUAAAGCUUUUGCUAUUGUAUGGUAUGUAUUUGCCUGGAUAUUUCUAUUAAUGCGUUUUGUAAGAAAAUACAUCUAGAUUCAUAUUAGAGACAUGGAUAUAUUCGUCUAAUCCUAUUUACAAAAGCUAGUUUGUAUGACUGAACUCAGGUGUACUGUUUGCUGUCCAAACUUUGUUCAACAGUAUAUUUGUGCAUAUCACCUAAAUUUGGAAUUAGCAGUUAUUUCAAGUUUCUGUAUUCUACCUGUGGGAGGAGGGAGGGGAGAUGAGGCAUUGAAGCAGAGUGAAGACUGCAUUCAUUAUGUUUUUUAGUAGUGCUGUGGUUCUGGACUCUGUUUGGGUGGGGGGGAAAUGGACUUUUCUUUACUGGCAUUGGCCCACAUAUGGCUUUGGGAUAGCACUUUAAACCAACCUUUUUUCUAGCUACCAAUUCACUUUUACAGGAUGCUUUAUUAUGUUCCAGGGGCUUUGGUUUCUGCUGGUUUUCACUCAACAGUGUAACUACGUCUAGGUUUUCAAGGGGUUUUCUAUUGCUGCUAGUGUUCCAAACAUGUUUUCGCUACAAACGACCAAAACGUAGGGAUUUUCAAGGGACUUGAGUUACAACUACAGCAAUAAGUAGCUGAAUACUUGGCUGAAGUCCUGUCUUUUUUUUAAUAGGGAUUUUUUUCAGUUUUGUAUUCUGAAAUGUAAGAGGGUAACAACUUAACUUUGCUAAGUGGACAAUUUUUUUGUUGUUGUUGUUUAAAAAAUAAAAGUUAAAAGCAGAGCUUUGAUGCAAAACUUUCUUGGAGAAGUUAAUCUGUUUCCGAGUGCUGCUUGCUUUUCUCAGAACUUCCCAAAAGUGACACUUGACCAAAGAACUGUGAUUUUAAUGGCCCAAUAGUCAGUACUGUUACAUCUUUUAUGCAACAUCUGUUGACAUCAGAAAUUGUAGAUUUUCAGUAUCUAUAGGGAUAUUGUCUUUCAGAUCAUUUCAUUUUCUCAAACGCGUACUCGUGAGAAGAGAGUGUUUUUCCCUGUAUUUAAAAACUUCAUAUGUAUUUGAUUAAAAACACUGCUGUUGUUUUGGGAACUAAAACCAGUGAGCCUUAAACUUCUUAGGUGAACCUGGGAUUUCCUGAAGUUGGUAGGAGUCUCCCUCUAAUUCAGUGCUUUCACUUCUUAAUAACUGGCCAACAAAACACGGAUGGGUUUCUGGGAUUGUGUUUUUUGUUAUUUUUUGUGGUGUUUUAUUGUGGUUUUAUUUAAAUGUAUCCAGAGUUGUAUGUGCGCAUUAUAAGUGUAUACAUGGAGAUAUUGAUAAGUUAAUGUACUCGUUUUGAAGUAACAUAGCAUAAAUCCAGUCUCUCUGUUAAUUAAAUCAAUACUUGAUUGUGAUGUUUCCUUGCAAACUACUAUCAUGGUUGAUAACCUCUUUUCCAGCAGUAGAUAACGUUAUUUGUAUGAGGGUGAGAAAAUCCCUUCUGUGUGGUGGCAUUAGGAAUGUUAAGCAUGAUUUUUUAAUUGUAAAAUGUUUUUUAAAAAGCCUUUGGUAUAAUGAUUUUUAUUAGCUGCUUUUUGUUGAGAAAAAAAAGAGUAACCAUAAUUUUCCACUUACUUGCCUUAUGUUGGCUUGAUAGAUUCCAUACUUAAAUUCAAUUUGCUAAUUUGAGUACAGUCUUUUUCAGUAUUUCUUUUAGUAUAAAUCAAGAAUCUAUUAGUCUUGGACAGUUCUUUUUAGAUUCUGAAUACUUUAUUAAAGAUGGAGUAAUUUCAUUAAUAAAAUAUGAUGUGUUUGCUGAAGUUUAAAUUUCUAGAAGAAAGUUUUUGCAGUGUGUCCUUUUGUUUAGGUUGAGCUAGUGAAGAAACAGUUCAACUGGUGAUAAUUACAAAGCAGAGAUUUCUUUUUUAAAGUAGGAGUAUUGGUAGGGAUUUAAUUAAUCAUUACGUUUGAAUAAUAAUAAAUAAAUCCGAAGACUACCAAGUUGUUUUCCCACUGCAGUCUGCCUUAUUGUCAUGUCAGCUAUCAUAUCCUCUAUGAUAGAACCAUAAUUUUUUUUUUUUUUUUGUGCAAGCUGGAGGUCAAAGGCAGUUUAAAUAUCAUUUGGAGGCAGCUGGUCAAUCAUGCUUUUGUUCUAACAUGUUGAUAAAAAUUGAGGCAUUAGUAAUUUAGGUAAAAUUGGAAAAAAAAACAAUUGUGAGAAAUGAGGAAAAAGUUACCUGAGAGACAUGCAAUUGGCUGUCUGUUAAUCUUUUAAUAGUAAUAGCUCUUGGGGUUUAGAUUGCAUCAUUAGAAAUAAGCAUUUAAAAAUACAUUAGGUGUGUCAUAUGGCAGAACUGAUAAUUCCAGUUUGUGAGGCAGCAGAUGAGCCGGGUGAUUUGCUGUGCUGGAGGCCCUGGGGCUCCCAGAGCCAGCUCUGCAGAGGCUCCUUGGCUGCCUCCAGGGCUGGCUACUCUACAAUUAUUUAUUAAAAACCUUUGCAGAAGGAGCUGCUCUAACCAAAACAGGCAUUGUAUUGCAGAAUGUCAGGCUGGAGUUGGAAACAGAUCCAGGACCUGUGUAGUGUAUGUAUGGCUUGAAUCAGUCACAUCUUUUUAUAUAUAUGCACAAACUCUGUUUUAUCAGUAUGUGUGUGUGUAUAUAUAUAUGUAAAUACUGUUUAUUUCUUGUCAAAAAUUAUUAUGUAGCAAUUAGUUUGGAGACAGUGAGAGGCAGUGGAGUUUCUUUUCUGGUUUCUUCCCUAUGAAGGAAAACACCAGAGAAUCCUAAAGUGAGACUUUCUUUAAAAAUUUUGUAAGAAAUAUAUUUUGUAUAUCCAUAAAUAUUAAAAAGAAGUAGGCGUGAAAGGAGCAUAGCACUGCAAAGGGGAAUCUUGGGUGAUAGAUGGACAUUGUGUACCUGCAGACUGAUGUGAUUGCCUUGUACCAUUCAGGUGAAGAAAUGAAGUGUGCAUUAUAAAUGCUGAAGAAGGGGUACUUGCUGUUGAGUAACAGCAAAUAAAGGUUAUAUUGAGGUGAAGAGUCACAACUUGAAGAGAAUUGGGUACCUUAGACUGUGCACAAAGGUGUGGACAGAGGACAUUCUGCUUUGGUAAAAUACCAGAGCUGUGGACUCUGGAAUUGUCAGCCUAAUAAAGCUUUUCUGUGCCAGAAA